AUGUCAAAACAUGAACUUGAUAGCGAUGGUUUUCGAAUUGUUACUUCAAAACGUUCUGCUAAAAAUAAACAAACUAGAGUUCCAAGUAAACGGACGCAAUUUGUGAAAGAAGAGAAUUAUAUAGACGUUGAAGCAUCGUAUCAUCGGAUUCUAUCUGCGGCAGAAAAUUUGAAAGGCUCACUUUUUCUAAGUGAAGCUAUAAAAGCUGAA